AUGACCACACACAGGACAUCAAUGCCGAAAUCAAAGGUCACCUGCCCGCAUUGCGACAAGACAACCGAUACCGGCCAUCUAACAGAGCACAUUCAGUCGUGUCUGAAGAAGAAGGUUGUCUGUAAGCUGUGUGGAAAGGUUGUCGCGCGGAUUCGCAGCCAUCAGUGCCCACCGCCAAAGCACCCGCCUCACCCUCAGCUCUCAGCCUAUCUCGACAUAGAAAAACAUGACUGGGCAUCAAAAUGUCCGUUGGAAUUUGAGAAUGGAAUCAAGCAUUUGUCAUCGCUAGAUGAGCACACUAUCUCACUCUGGAAUGGUCAGCCACCCACCUUGUACACGUGUAAAACGCAACUCUCAGAGGAGACAAUAUAUACCCUAGUGCUGAGUGCGAUACGGAAAUCCACAGACUAUCAGGUUUUUCGCGAUGAAGAAGUGCCUCCUGAGCUUGGAAGUAAUGACCAAUCUAUUCAACGGAAGCGAUCUGCCAAAUCCGAUCUCGAGGACAAGAAGUUCCGAAUGGCAGCUGCUGCUUUGUACCAGGCUACAACCACGGCUCCGCGGCAGUUGACAUACUCUUUGCUGAAUGUAUGGGCCCCAGAUACAUCAGAAAUUCUAAUGCAACCGCCCCUGCAAUUCCAGUCGACCCACCAUGUCUGUACCGAGCGCUUCAAAGUUGGUAUCAACGUAACGCCAAAAGGCUCAUUUGUUGACCUUCAUCACGAUAUUCUUCAACGGGGAUUGGCCAGAACCAUUGGUAGAUGCAAGAAGGUGUGGCUCCUCUUCCCAGGGACGCCAAAGAACCUGGAGAUUUAUGUUUCGUCAACUGGAUUCCGCAAUCGCCUUGCAAGGAUUGGAUCCAAGCUUGAAGGUGGCAUCAUUGUCGAGACAGAUUCUUCCCACGAGAUUGAAUUUCCUGCACAUACGCUCCACGCCGUCUUUACAACUGUUGGAGGAUUCCUUACUGGUAUCAAUUACUCCACAGUCGAAUGCCUCACUGCCAUGAGCCAAGUCUUGAAAGCCCACCUGCCGAUAUUCCACAUAUCUCCAAUCGCUAUCUCCGAAGACGUUCAAUCGUAUAUAGACGCCCUCUCAUCUACCCUUCAAAUGGAUCUACCAGCUGUGCUUUUUGUUGCCCUGCAAAGCUGGAUAGAGCUGCGACCCGUAAUUGAAGAGACGCUUGAUUCUGGCAAGACGACAGCGCGUUUCCAAAGGCAGGUGCAAGAGGUUGACGACUGCCUGCAUCACUUUGGGGAAAACGUGCAAAUGGCUCUUCAGUGCGGAUGUGGACAAUUUGUUGAUAACAUUGGAAAUCAUGUUAUUGAGUCUCAUAGAUUAUUGCAACUUCAAUAAUCAGACCUCAGCUCUCAGCCCAAGGGCAGAAGUUAAGGAUAAGGAUUAAUACUAAACAAUGUUAGGCUAAGGUGAAUGAUGAGAGUAUCCAUGCGAAUACUUUCCCAGGUUACAUCUCCACUUCUCAUACUCUGGUGACCAAGUAUCGUAGAAUAAGCAUUCUCAUCAUUGUACUAGGACGGAACAAAGUAUCAAGCUUUCAAUAGCAGGAUCACCUUCGAGGUUCCUUUUAUCGAGAACGCAUCCAUCGAAUUAUCUAAAUGGUCGGAGAUACUCGCUUUUUGUGGCGAGGUGACGAACGCCGCGAAUGAUGCAACCAAUGAUCAAGUUACUAGUCUCCCUCAAGGGAAUCUAGACAGACAACAUGUUUUGAU